ACACAGAACACAUUUCUCUCGCUUAGAACCAAACAUGGCUUCUCCUUAUGCCUGUCUCAAUUCCUCCAUCCUCAGCACACCUUCACCUCUCUUUCUCACUCCCCCUUUUCGCACUCUCACACUGCUUCCCAAUCCCACCAAACCACCACCGCCGAAACUCUCAUCUUUUCCCUCUCUCUCCGUCUCUGCUGUGCCCGCUAAGGUAGACACCGCUGUGAGAAUACCGGAAAUCGAAGAUUUUGAUUUCAAAGUCUACAUGCUCCACAAGGCCCACACGGUGAACCAAGCCUUGGACGCAGCCAUUGCGCUGCGCGACCCGGAGAAGAUCCACAAAGCCAUGCGCUACUCCCUUCUUGCCGGCGGCAAGAGGAUCCGCCCCAUCCUCUGUAUAGCUGCCUGCGAGCUCGUCGGUGGCGAUGAUGCCACUGCCAUCCCAGCCGCCUGCGCCGUCGAGAUGAUCCAUACCAUGUCGCUCAUCCACGACGAUCUGCCCUGCAUGGACAACGACGACCUCCGACGCGGCAAGCCGACCAACCACAAGGUCUUCGGCGAGGAUGUGGCGGUUCUUGCCGGCGAUGCGCUGCUCGCGUUCGCGUUUGAGCACUUGGCAGCGGCGACCGAGGGUGUGUCCCCAGCACGCGUGGUUCGUGCGAUUGGGGAGUUGGCGAAAUCGAUCGGAGGAGAUGGUCUUGUGGCGGGACAGGUGGUGGAUUUAGAUUCGGAAGGAGCCUCGAAUGUGGGGCUGGAGAGGUUGGAAUUCAUUCAUGUGCACAAAACGGCGGCGUUGCUGGAAGCUGCGGUUGUGUUGGGCGCAAUAGUGGGAGGUGGGUCGGACGAGGAGAUUGAGAAAUUAAGGAAGUUCGCUAGGUGCAUUGGUUUGUUGUUUCAGGUGGUGGAUGACAUUCUGGAUGUAACUAAGUCGUCCGAGGAAUUAGGGAAGACGGCGGGGAAGGACUUGGUGGCUGAUAAGGUCACGUACCCUAAACUUUUAGGGAUACAGAAGUCCAAAGAGUUUGCUGAGAAACUGUUGCUGGAAGCGAAGGAACAAUUGUUUGGAUUUGAUCCUCCAAAGGCAGCUCCUUUAUUUGCAUUAACCAAUUACAUUGCUUACAGGCAAAGUUAAUUAAUAAUUCAUAUUUCCCUUAUUAGUACAUGAUUUACAGUUUAUGAGAAACUGAUAGUCUUUUAUGGUAUUUAUGAAAUGAUAA